AGGCGGGGACAGGAUUUGACAGAACAGAUUGUCCGACGAUGGAUGGUCCGGCUUAGCGGCGGAGGAAAGAAGAAUUGACACGGGGAAGAAGGCAGGUCAGUGCCGAUUCGUUCUCAGUAGCGCGCGGUGAGUGCUCAGAAGAGACAGCACGAAACGGCCUCUGCCUCGCGCUGUGACUUUGAACUUUUCAAAAAUCAACCGUCAAGCUCUUGAAGGCCGUCUUCUCCUCCACUGGCGUUGCUAUUAAUAGAGGAGCGGGACGUUAUUUUAGACCAGGCACGUCAUCGAUCGAGCGUCACCUUUGCUCGGCAGGGCGCGGGCUCAGGGUUACUAACGAGGGACACGGGAGAGCUCAUCAGCCGCCGCCCGACCGACAGGUGGUUUGGAGCGCGGCGGGGCAAAACAACGGAGCCGCUCAUGGAUAAAAGGAGCACAGGUGGACAGGACUGUCUCUGAAAGCUCUUUAACGCUCACAGAGACAAGCUUUUAAAAGCUCUGUGCAUAUUCUCUGUCAUAUGGACACUUAGAGCAUUCCGCGGAGGGAGCACAUAUCGAGUUUUGAUUGUUAAAAUUCCUAAACGAACUGGUAGAAGGCAGAUUAGCACAAUGGACAAGGUACGCUACUGUAUGGAAGCGCUGGCGGGUAGUUACUCGCCCUUUGAGCAGCGGCCCGAGGGGAGACUCAUGCACAGGAAGAUCGACAUGUGUGCGUUUGACAGCAGCUCGGACUCGGAGGGAGGUGGGAACUCUCCCGGGCCACCCUCUCCCACCUCCCCGUCCACUCUCCACCAGCUGUACGACCGGCAGGUGUGCGCGGAGUGCGCGGCGCUGCUCCACUCCUCCAAGCCGCCCGCCUGUUGGAACAUCAUCCACCUGUUCUGUGCCGGCUGCCUGGAGCGGAUGCCGGCGCGGGACGCCCUGCGAGCCCGGAUCCGGAUCGACCUGGGCCUGAAGCUGGUGUGUCCGGACUGCGGGGGGACCGAGGAGGCGCCCGGGGAGUGGGUGGACACGUACAGCGUCACCAGCCGCCUGCCCAAACUGCACGACGUUUCUCCGCCAGGACUAGGCAGAAGAAAGCGAUUCUUCCGACGCCGCUGAUUCAACGAAGCAACCAUAUGUCAAAAAGAUAAGAUAUAACGAACGGAGGCAUUUGUCACGAAUGACAUUAUGGACUCGGCGUUUAGAAACGGUUUUCAGAACGAUUAUCAAUGGUUUCUUCUCCCUUCCACAGGAUAGGGACAGAUCAUUGAUUAGACCAGAUAGAUCGGUGGGUACAAAUUUCAUUACCGUUUGCUGACAGUGACGGAUGCCGCUAACAUUGCUCUUGUAUAAUUUACCUUUGGUUGUGGUGGCAGAACAUCCAGCAAGAUCACGUUUACAGAUAACAAAUUGAUUAUGAUAGAUCCCUUUACAUUAAUCCGAUCACAUUUCUUUUGGAUCUAUUUGUUAGUUACGUCGUUACAUCUUAAGCAGUGUAUAUUUUUCCUACCACCGA